AAGGAAUUCAGAGCAAAAGAUUGUUUUCGUGGAACAAGUCUGAAUAAAUGAUAUCUAUCUGGUUUUAAAAUUAAAGAUGAUAAGAGCUAUUUUAGUCUUUAACAAUCAUGGAAAAGCGAGGAUGACCAAAUUUUACGAAUACUAUCCCGAAGAUAUGCAACAUCAAAUAGUGCGGGAAACGUUUCAUCUGGUGUCUAAAAGAGAAGAUAAUGUUUGUAAUUUUUUAGAAGGCGGAACGUUAAUUGGAGGAUCUGAUUAUAAACUGAUUUACAGACAUUAUGCUACUUUAUAUUUUGUGUUUUGUGUUGAUUCAUCAGAAAGUGAAUUGGGCAUUUUAGAUUUAAUACAGGUUUUUGUUGAAACACUGGAUAAAUGUUUCGAAAAUGUUUGUGAAUUGGAUCUCAUUUUCCAUGUGGAUAAGGUGUUAUAUAUAUUACAAGAGUUGGUAAUGGGUGGUAUGGUAUUAGAAACUAAUAUGACAGAAAUAUUAACUAGAAUAGAAGAACAAAAUAAAAUGGAAAAACAAGAGGCUGGUAUAGCAGCUGCUCCUGCUAGAGCUGUUUCUGCUGUGAAAGAAAUGAACAUUCCACAAAAAAUAAAAGACAUUAAAUUACCAGAUUUACCAUCUAUUGGAAAUUUAAAGUUUUAGUGUUCAGUUAAUUAGAUUAUUAUUUAAACAUGACUUUUGGAUAUUUGAAAAUUCCAUUGGUGCGAAUAGUGUGGAUACAUCAAUUUGGUUGAUGCCAAAUGGAACAUUUGAAAGGAAGAACAAGAUGGUUUUACCAAAAAUGAUACUCUGAAACUAUAUCUUUAACUUUAUGGAAUCAAGAAUUGUUGCUGAUUAUUUGGAUUUUGUUUUAGGGGUUUUAUAUUAGCAUAAAUGAUACAAAUAAUUGGUAAUCAGCGCAUUUGAAUAUUAUAAUAUUGAUAUUCAAAAUGCUUGUUGCAUUUGAAAAGUUUCAUUUCGAUUUAUUAAAAAUAUUGUUUCAGUUCAGGCCGUGUUGAAUUGAUUCCUUGUUUCUCCUGCCCACUCUGGCAAACAUGUGCGGUAGUGGGUUUCAAAACAAAAUGUUCUAGCAUGCUGUAAUACUAUCUAGUCUAAGGGUGAUGUACUUUUUACUUAUAAUAUAAUCUUAAUUAGUUGUAAUAACCCUUUACUGUGAAGGUAAAAGACAAAGACAAUAUUUAACUUCAAUAAAUUUAAUAACUAAAAUUCAAUACCAAGUAGCUUUGUUUUAAGUUUUUAAAAUAUAAAAUAACCGUACUUUGAUAGAGUGAAUUCACAAUCAAUUAAGGUGACCUAAUUCUACUAAUACCGUAAUGGCACCACAAUAAAUAUUGUGGCUCGAAUUGAAAGGCGAAAGGCUCAUUGUAUUGUGUAUUUAAACAUUUAAAAAACAAUGUCGAAAUGUCAAAAAAAUUUGGUCAGGAUAUUUUUUUAUAAUUAUAAUUUUUAGCGUAUAGUCUGGAUGUGAGAACAAAUUCUAUGGGGUAUAAGAUGUCCUUCACAUGUGGUUAAUAAUAGAAUAAAUGACAUAUGCACAGGUGUGAAUUGUAGUUGUGUUUUGAUAUUCAAUCACAGAUAUUUUAGAAUUGGAAUUCAACACAUUUCUCAACGUCUUAUUUUAAAUAUAAAGCAUUGAAUUUGGGUACAUUUUCUACUUGGUAGAAUCCACAUGGUUAUGAAUCUUCAAGUCACUGACACGGCCAAAGCAGAUUCAGGAUUCGCAAGAAUUUUAAAUCCUGCCGAUGUCAAAGAAAUAAAACUGUUUUAGGCCUAUAUCAUGAUAUUCAUAUGGAUCAAAAUAAGGUCGAAAUGAUUUGAAAGUAUUUGUGUACCUAUGGAUAAUGUGUGAUGUGGAUUAUUAAGAGUGACAAGUACUUGGUAUCCCAAUCAGAUUCAAGUCACGAUAAACAAAUCCAUGUACAUUAUUCAUCUUUAAAGAAAUAAUAGUGCCGCUCGUCAUUUUGUAAGUCGUGCGUAAUUUAGUACACUAUAUGAUUGGAAACUACAUGAAUAAUAAUGACGUAUAUGGUAAUGUUCGCCAAUGAAAAAAUGGUAACUCAGGGUCACAGUAUGAUAGUGUCUGUCUUUAUAAUAAUCUUUCUUAUAUUUUUUUAGUAGUUUUUAACUUUUUUUUUUUUUGUGGGAGCGAGAACAAACAAAGAAUCAAUUUAACACAGCCUUAUGCUCACUGGCGAUUGUUAUCCACUAUAUUUUAGAGAUAUUCAUAUCUUUUUCCCUUAACAAACAAUCACAAUUUAUUCCAUUCCGAAUUAUAUGAUUUAUAUAUAUUGGGUGUAAUGUAGUGGGUGUUUCUAAAAUGCUCCAAAUAUUCAGUUGGCACAUGUAUUCUUGCAAGAAAUAUUUGUGUUUACUUAAUAGUCAUCAGUUGAAGGAUAUAAAAAGAUGCAUUUCUGGAACAUUCAGUAGGUAAUCCCCAGUUUGUUCAAAGGGAGGUAAUACAAAAUAAUAUAAAUGUACCAUAGUACGAUUUAAAAUCAAUAUUUCAAAUACAUAAUUCUCACACUUUAUAUAUGUUGAAAUUUUAUAACUAAUUCAUACUGAGUAACAGAUGUGGUUAUAUUGUAAUGUAAAGAAAUAUUGAAAUAUUUUCGGGUUUUCAAGAUUAUUAUGCAUGAAAAAUAUUUCACUGAUUAUUGUUUUGUUGUUUAGUGUGAUAAAUGAAUGGUUGUUGAUUCAUGUUGUAUUACAUAGAUUGUUAUCAGAUAUAAACAUGGUUAUUUUCAUGGUUGACUGGUGAAAUGAGUGAAUGUUAUAGAUUAUUAUUUCUAUUCGAUGUCGGUACUGAAGUAUUUAUUUAAUCCGUAUUUAACUUACUUAUUCAGUAUGAGAAAGUUCACAUUUGAUAGUGUUGAUACUGAUAUGAACGCAUGAUUCAAUAUAAUUUGCAUAUCUGGUUUGUUUUUAGGACAAGAAUAAAUUUUGACCUCUAUCAAACAUUGAUUUUUAAGUAUCUGUACAUAGUGUAUUUGUGCAUCAAUGAAUAGAAAUAUUUGAAUUGCUAAAUCAACAGUAAGCAUUUCCACAUAGGGUAUAUACAUAACAAUAUGGGCUAUUGUAAAAAAUAAAGAUUAUAAAAUGUGAAUAAAUAAUAUGUUGAAUAUA